CAUAUUUUGUUCAAAGAGUGAGAAGCUGUUUACGAGCCACUGGACUCUCUGUUGUUGAUCAUCAGAGAGUCAGAAAGAUUAGGUAUCUGUUCGUGCAAGAAUUUUAAGUUUUUGUCCGAAGCUGUUUGUUCGAGCCACUUGACUCUCUGUUGUUGAUCAUCAGCUUGCAAAGGCUGCAGACUAACUGAAGAGUCAUAUGGCAAAUUGUAAUUGAGGUUCAAUUUUGUUAGAAAGAUUAGGUCUCUGUUGAGUUUUUGUACAAUGACUCCGAGGCUGUUCGUUCGAGCCACUUGACUCUCUGUUGGUGAUCAUCAGCUUCCAAAGGCUGCUGCAGACUAACUGAAGAGUCAGUCAUAUGGCAAAUUCUAAUUAGUGCUCAUUUGUUUUAGAAAGAUUAGGCAUUUGGAUUGGUGCAACAAUUUUCAACUUUUUGGAUACAAAUUUCUUUAUUAUAAAUAAUAUAAUAUGUGUUAGUGUUGGUUUAUAUUUUGUUGACAUACAUAACUAGGUACUUGCAAUCUGAACUGAUCUGUUUUAAUUAUUAUUAUUAUUAUUAUUAUUAUUAUUAUUAUUAUUAUUAUUAUUAUUAUUUGACUAAGUCAUUGGUCUCUGAAAUGAUAUAAGAAAGUGAUGUUAAGAUAGUGAGCCAUCAGGUUUGACUUGCCUUUUUUUUACUAUUAUUAUUAAUUUUAUUCCUUUAAAGCAGGGGUACUCAAAACUCCAAUUAAAAAGGAAAAUGGAUAUUGGAUUAUUACAUCUAUGUAAUUUAAUUGAAUUGGUUUUUAUUCUUGCACAUUUAUCAAAUUACUAAAAUUUUAUGUAAUUGCUAAGUUUAAGUCAAACACAACAAAUCGAGAUGUGUGACCGAAUACAUGAGCUUCUUUAUCUAUAAAAUUAUUAUUGUAAUUUAUAGGGGAAUUAUUCUAUAUAUUAUUUUUUUUACUUUUUUUUUAAAAAAAAAAUUUACGGUUAGGGUUUCUAAAGUGGUUGCAGCGCUAGUUGCAAUAGGAGUUUUUAUACGAUUUUUUGUUGCAAUUUAAGUUGUAGUGCUAGUUGCAAUAAGAGUUUUUAUGUAGAAUUCCGUAAAAAUGUAAAAAAAAUAAAAUUGUUUUGAAGUGUAAAAAUAAAAAAGGCCCUAAUUUAUAUCAUAUUUUAUGUACAUCUUGUAACCAAUAAAUUUUCAAAUUCAAUAUUAAAUUACAAAGUUCCAUUAAGUGAUGUUGAACAAGUAGUUUGUAGCGUUAGAAAAUGUUAUUAUAAUUUUGGUGUGAUUAAAUUUAUAUAAAAAAAAUCAAAUAUUUAAAAAAAGUAUUUUUAGUUAAAAAAAUAUAUAUUAUUUUAAAAAAUGAAACCAAAAAUUAUAGCUUUAAUAAAUUUUUUCAAAAGUUAUAUAAAUAAAGCUAUGUCUCCUUUAUGCAUUUUUAGAAAAUGAGUUAUAAAUACAUAAUUUUAUGCUGCAUUAGGAUAAUGGGUAUGUUUUCUUCAUUUGACUUUUCAUCUCGUUAUUUAUAUUGUUUUAUGAACUUGAGAUUUUUUAGUAGGGUUUUUUUAACCUUAAAGUAUUAGGCGAUUUUUAGGAUCUUUAUAAUUUUGGAUUUUAUUUCUAGUUUUAAAAAAAAAAAUGAAUCUGUUUGAUCCAUAUCUUGAAAAUCCUGAAUUUUUUUUAUCACAAAAUUCGCUUUUCUUUCACGUUACCCUUUAACCAAACUCCAAAAUCCCUAAAACAAAACUCAAAGAUAAUGAUGUGAAAAUUCUUGAACAUAUUGAGAGAUUAAAUAGACUAUAUGUUUCUGCUCGAUUUAGACGAUUCAUAAAUGAAAUAACCAAGGGUAAACAUUCUUAUCUGUGAAAAGUUGUCUGGCUUAAGCCUAUUCAUCUUACUAAAAACCCUUUGACCAAAUAUUUGUUUUUACCUUUUGUUAACAUUACUUUUUUCACCAGGUACUUUAAAUUUUCAAAUCAUGGCCCCUCCCGAAAUUCGCAAACCUAAACUGCCUCAAGAUCCCACAGUAUAAUUCAAGGUCGAAUUUUUUGAAUCGAAAUUAACCUCUAUAGCUCCGUACGUCAGGCCUUUUUUAUAACCAUGUGGCAUUAAAAAAGGUGACGACUUUGUAUGUCGAUCGGUUGAAAAAGACGAGAAGAGUGGCUUUCCACCUGGUCGCCUUACAAAUGACUCGGAGUGUAGUAUGAGUGUUUUGUAAAAAUUGGGGCUUGGAGUGCUGAACACAUACGUGUUGGGGCUAUUCUUCCUCUGAAAAAAAGCUACUUCAAAGACUUUUGUGACUAUGUUAGAAUUUCUGCACUCUAACUAAUUCGUAAUGGAUAUAGGGGUUUGGCUUCUCUUAGAACCUUAUAUCACAUGGUGGGAUGGGAUGGUUCUGGGCCUUAGCAGAUCACUUGUAUGUAUACCCUCAAGGCGACCCUCGCGAGGAAAAAUUAUUUUGGAGGCUUUUUCAACCUCGAAAUUUACACGAGUGAUCACAAAAUUAUCAUUGACCUCCAUAAUAAUAAGGAAUUUAUGGACCAAUUCUUCUAGACAACAAUACUUCAUCCUUGUUCAUAUAUAACUUUUUAAAAACCUCGUAAGAUUCAUAAUUCACUUUCUUUAUCUGUCAUGUGCUGAUUUCCUUGCAUUUGUAUCAAUCUCACCCCCUUUUUUCUUUUAACAACGAUGAUGCUAAAAGCUACCCCAUUCGAAAUGGUGUCGUGACGUCACCAAAUUUUAGUGAAUUUAUCAUUCGGAAUAAGGGCAUUAAGCUUUCUCCUCUGUGAACCAAACUUAGUAGCUUGUGGACUGCUUGGAAAGAAUCAAUCGACAAUGGUUGUCAAAGAACAAAAAAAAAUUUCCUGGUCAUUGGUAAGGGUCCCCCUAAGGAAGAAGAUCAAGUUCGUGUUGCACGAGCUGCAUUUAUCAAAGCCAACAUUUCUCGAGAAGCUGCCCAAACUCUUGAAGGGGCUCCCCGAGAAAUGGUGAACUUCGCAAAACUUCUUCAGAGCCUGACUAACCUUCUUGUGAAGAGAAGAAAGAAACAAAACAAGAAAGAUGGAGAUGAAAUCUCAGAUUCAAGUGUAGUUCUAAAAAAACAAAAGUCUAAUCCUCCUUCUGAAACCAUUCCCAGGGAUCGAAACCCUUUACUUGCUAAAAACCUUCCUGAUUCUAGCUCGUAACAAAUUUUUAAUGUGGAAGAGGCUCUCAAAAAACUUGAAAAAGGAAAGGAAAUCCUUAAUGCUAAAAAAAUCGUUAUUUUUUAUGCUUCGAAGCCCGAAGUUCAUCUCCUAGACUCAACUCUUCACUUGGAUCCUUCAGGUGGCAUUGCAGGAGCAAAACUUGUUUCUGAGCAUCUUACCAGACAAGCUCGUUUCUUCCAUAGUUUGGAGAAAGGUGAUUGGGGAUCGCUCAAUCAUAGGAACAUCUCCGAGCUUAUGGAUAGAAGUGAGAGCUUAAUGUAGAUGGCUUCUCUAAUGGUUCGCAAGAGCUUUUCUUUGCAUACUCAACAUUCUUCUCGUAUUAACCAUCUUUUGCAAGAGUAUAAGGAUCAGAAGUACACUUUUGUUAUCAAGCGAAAUUCUACUUUUGAGAGGAUCUCUCUCUUUGAAAAGGAAAAUCUCAACUUGAAGACUCUCAAAUCUAAAGCAACCCUUGUGAUAACUCUUGGGUAAAGAGUUAUUUGAUAUCACUUUAAGCAUUUUUUUUAUGUAAUUGUGUGUCAUUUAAGUUAUGUUUGUCUCUUAAUUUGUAAAAGUUUCACUGUUUUAUGUUUGUGUGUGUAAUUUGAAGUUGUUAGUAAAAAUCAAUAACUCUUGUGCAUAAAUUGGCAAAGAAAAUAGCAAGUUAAUCAUGUUCUUAAUUUUGCUGAAAUUCUAUGAAGUUUUUGCUGCAGCAAACAGGUUAGUGGCUGAUGUGUUUUAUUUUCUUAGAAAAAGGGUGAGUUACAUUUCAUUAAAAGAGGUGGCCUUUGUGGAGAUGACGUGGCAAUAUAAGAGUGGUGGCUGGAGCUAUUACACGGAGAGGCUAUCAACAUGCCAUGUGUAGGGUUUAUUUGGGGCAAAAAGGUACUAAACCUAUGGAGAUUGCAAAGAAAAGUAGGCCUCCAUUUAGAGAAAAGAAAGGGGGCUGGACGUGAGGAGCUUUUGGCUGAGAAAAAAAAAAGAAGAUUGAAAGAAGAGGAAGAAGAAGGAGAAAAGAGGAGAAGCACAACAAGAUUCAACAUCCAUCCUUUUGGAAAACUCCUCUAUUAUUGUUUGCUAUUUCUUUCUUCUCUCUUUUAUUUUCUUUAACUUAACAUUCAAACUCCAUGUCUAAAUUUUAUCUUGUAAUGGUGGUUCUCAAGUUAGCUAUGAGCUAAACUUUUUAAUGGUUUGAAUUGUUGAAGAACCCUAUGUUUAGUUGAGUAAUUUUCUUAUGCAAAUAUUUAGUAAAAAUUCUCAUGUUCAUUCAAAUGUGUGUAUUGCUAGUUUCUUGAUAUUGUUUGGCCACCAAUAGCUUGAUUAUUGAAUUAUAUUUAAUUCUGGAAAGGUUAAAUAUAAUGGACUUAGCUUGAAUGACACAAGUUCUUAAUCUUUUUUUCAGAUUAGAUUUGAAAUAACAUAGGAAUAUGUUAUAUCCUUGUGUAACAAUUGAGUUUUAUGCUUGAAAUGGUAUUCUUGAGCUUGCUUGGCAUAGGAAUAUGUUUGAACAGGUCCAAGGAUUGAUUGCAUAAAAUUUGAAAGAGUUUUAUGCACUUUAAUGGAGUUCUUGUUAACUUGGGAUUUUUGCUAAAGAUUUGCUAACUUUUUGCUGCAGCAAAACGCACAGUUUUUGCUAAACAUAGGGGGAUUCAAUAGUUCAAGCCUUUCACAUUUCAAAAGCUUACAACUCAAUUUUAUUUUCAUCUUGCAUCCACUUUUGAGUUAAUUUACUUGUUUUCUCGUUUAUUUACUUGAUUCAUUACUCAUUUCAUUUUGCUUUUUAGGCAUUUUUGCUUGGUAAUUAACUUUUGCAAUAGAAAUUUUAUUUUUACAGUCCUUGUGGAGACGAUACUCAUUACUUAUCACUGUAUUACUUGUUUGUGACUACGUACACUUGCGUAUCCAAUUUUUUUACACAACAAGUUUUUGGCGCUAUUGCCGGGGACUGUAAAUAUAUUUUGUUAUAAUUGUCAAUUAGCUUGCAAUUUAGUCUAUUAUUUUGUACUCAUUUUUGGUGACUCUUGUGCAUUGGCAGGUGAAAAUUUUAUAUGAACGAGUACCAAGAAUUUGUUAAUAUUGAUCUAUAUCCUAUUGAUCACGAAAUUGAGCGCACAUUCAGAGAGAGAAGAAGAGCUCAACAUAGAGCUCAAGGGGAAAUAGAAAUGAUGGAUGACCAAGGAGAUGGACGACGAGCUCAAGGGGAAAUGGCCCCUAAUAAUGGUCAAAAUGCAGUGAUCAUGGCGGAUGAUAGAGAUCAAGUCAUCCGACAAUAUGCAGCACCUCUUUUCAAUGAGCUCAAUCCGGGCAUUGUGAGGCCAGAAAUUCAAGCUCCACAGUUUGAAUUGAAGCCAGUUAUGUUCCAGAUGCUUCAAACUGUGAGACAGUUUAGUGGCAUACCCACCGAAGAUCCUCACCUUCACCUUUGUCUAUUUAUGGAGGUGAGUGAUUCUUUCAAAUUACCCGGAGUUACGGAGGAUGCCUUGAGAUUAAAGUUGUUCCCCUAUUCUUUGAGAGAUCAAGCCCGAGCUUGGUUGAACUCCUUGCCUUCUGCGUCAGUCACAACUUGGCAAGAAUUAGCGGAGCGGUUUUUGAUGAAGUAUUUUCCUCCCACUAAGAAUGCCAAGCUCCGGAAGGAAAUAACUUCCUUUCAACAAUUUGAAGAUGAGUCUUUGUAUGAGACAUGGGAGAGGUUCAAGGAAUUGUUGCGAAAAUGCCCUCACCAUGGUAUUCCUCAUUGCAUCCAAAUGGAAACAUUUUACAACAGUCUCAAUGCUCAUACUCGCAUGGUGGUUGAUGCUUCGGCAAAUGGUGCUUUACUUGCCAAGUCCUAUAAUGAGGUCUAUGAUAUUAUUGAGAGAAUUUCCAACAACAAUUAUCAGUGGCCCACUUAGUUAAUUUCAAAUGAUUUUGAAAUUAUUGUCUAUUUAUAAAUAUUCUCGAUUUUCACUACUCGUUAAACCAUCAAAUAGGAAAAUGAACUUAAAUGUUUUAGAUGACCAACUCUUUAGUUAUUUUAACAUUUUGGCUCAAUAAAUAGUUAAUCGUCUAUGAACAUUUAGCGUAAGUAUUAUUUAUCAAAACUUACUUUAAAGGUUUCGUUUAUAACAUUUUUAGAUAUGCAAGCCGUUAUUUUUCUCAGGUCGCAUAAGUUUACUGUUGUUUUCAAGACUUUUCUUAAUGGUCUCAUUUUACAACAAGUGUUAUUUUUAUUCUUGCUUUAAAUAAGACUUUUAUAUUCAAUUUUUUAUUGUUCCAGACCAAUUUUAACCAAAUAUUCUCUCUUUUGUAAAAACUUUUUAAACUUUGGGACUUUGGGAUUUAAUUUCGAAUCAUAAU